AUGGACAACAUAAAGACUUCGGGAAAAGGAAGUGGCAGGGCAAGAAUAAGAAUACGGGAUAGUUUAAGAAGGAGAUGCAUAUGGGUCAGUCAAGCAAUCCUAUAUCCCAAUGUCCUAAGUGCAACAAGUUUCUCAAAGGAAAAUGUCUGUAUGGAAAACGUGAUUGCAAGUAUUUUAUCCAUCUCUGAUAUUCCUAUUUACGUCCUGAUUGAUUUUGGUGCGAUACAUUCGCUCAUAUCUAAUGCAUGUCUAGCUAAGAUUAAUGUUUCAUGUCAGAAGAAUGAUAGUGUACUAGAGUUGGGUGAGAAUAGAGCCACGAUAGUAUGUUUUGAGAAAGAAGUAAUUUUUCGAAGAUCGAGAGAAGAGGAGUUCAGAUUUUAUGGAACGAGGAUUAAGGCACAUUCUCACGUUAUCUCAGCAUUAAAAGCAGAGAGCGUGUUGAGAAAGGUUGACUGUGAAGGAUAUCUUGUUAGUCUUACUAGUACAUCCACUCAAGAGAAAGUAUUAGGUGAUGUGGCAAUAGUACGAGAAAAUGUUGACGUGUUUCCCAAAGAUCUACCGGGUACUCUGGCCGAUAGAAAAGUGAAGUUCACAAUAGAUCUGAUACCUAGAGCUACCCCUGUGUCCAAAGCUCCAUACCGAAUGGCACUAAAGGAAUUACAGGAUUUGAAGAUGCAGCUUGAAGAACAAAGGGCUCAUUAG